AUGUAUACAGUAGUGGUAUUUAUUUUUAAACCUACUUCUGUAAUCGGCUUUCUUCUCUUAGAAAACGGAAGAAGGGGACCACAACCGGCAAAAUCAUCCAUAGAUUUGUUAAACUUGUUCAGUUCAUCGCAGAAUCAGCAGCAACUACGAAGGUCAUCUAGGGUGGUGCUAAUUACCGAAAAGGCUAUCUCCUCUGUGAAUCAACGUUUACGGACAAUGCGAACACCUGCAGUUCAACCGACAGCUAUUUAUGAUCUUGUCGAAAAAGCGGUCGAGUCGUUUUGUGAUCACCGCGAACAAAUUUCCUGUAAUAAAGACGCCCCCUAUCGGACUAUAGACGGUACAUGUAAUAACCUACAGAACAAACUUACGGGUGCAGCUUUUACUCCACAAUCCAGGUUUUUGGAACCAACGUAUGGGGACCGUCCGAGAAACCAAAUGAAUGUCAUUACAUCAUAUCUAGAUUUAUCAAGUGUAUAUGGCAGCAGUAAAAAAAGAUUGGACCAGUUAAGGAAACACGAAAAUGGUGAGCUAGCAGUUGGAGAUAAUGAUUUACUUCCAAACACGCCACCUGGUGCACCGGAAGAGUGUAAACGGAAGUGUUUCAUUGCUGGUGACAAAAGACAUUCUGAGGUACCAUUGCUUGCGAUGUUUCAUAUCAUAUUUGUAAGGGAGCAUAACAGGAUAGCAAAGGAACUGUUAGAUUUGAAUUCUGGGUGGAAUGAUGAGAAGCUGUUUCAAGAGACUAGAAAAAUUCUGACAGGGGUCUACCAGCACAUCGUGUUUAAUGAAUUUGUAACUGCCCUGGUUGGACCAAACUAUGCUAAUAUUAUAAGCCUAACCAGUAGUUCUAAAGGUCAUCAAACUUUUUAUUCUCCUUAUCUGGAUGGAUCCUCCCGCAAUGAGUUUGGUGCCACCGCUUUUCGAUAUGGACAUUCGCAAGUAGGAAACCACGUGGGUGCAUCAGGUGAUGAUUUCAAGGAACUUCGAAGGUCUUUAAUGCAGAAUGAAUCCUUUGAUGUUAAAACAAUACGUGAUCCCGAAAAUGAAUUUGGCGUCAAGCGGAUGGGUCGGUGGAUGUCUGCUACACUAGGGGACAAAACAGAUAGAUUUAUUUCAGACCAGAUGCGUAAUCAUUUGUUUGAAGUUCAACCGGGGGAAGCAUUUGACCUAGGUGCACUCAAUACACAACGUGGACGCGAUCAUGGUAUAGCCGGGUACAAUGAAUAUAGAGAAUACUGUGGUCUGUAUCGUGCGAAACAUUUUGGUAAUGCAUAUGGUGGACUGGUUGAUCAUGACAAAUCUACUGCACGUGCUUUAUCGGAAGUAUACAGUCAUCCUGAUGAUAUUGAUUUAUUUGUUGGUGGAAUAUCAGAAAAACCUGCAUCAGGAGAAUCUAUCUUAGGACCAACAUUCAGAUGUCUUAUAGCUCUUCAGUUCCUCAAUUAUAAACACGGGGACAGAUUCUUUUACGAAAAUAACUUCCAAGCGACAGGGUUUACACUAGAAAACCUUCGGUCAAAAGAAUACGCUGUGCCGAAUUGCCAAGGUUGA